AUGUCAGUAGGUAGGUUCCCGACAGAGUCAGGCGAAAAGGAAUCCAAGAGGGCUAGAGGGAGAGUGCCAUUAAUUGGAUUCACGGAAGAGGACAAAGAGGGAACUAUUCAGCCCCAUGACGACGCCCUAGUCGUGACACUCAGAAUAGGAGGUUAUGACGUGAGGAGGGUGUUAGUUGAUCAGGGCAGCGCCGUGGAAGUGAUGUACCCGGACCUGUAUAAAGGGCUGAAUUUAAAGCAGGAGGACCUGUCGCCAUAUGACACUCCUCUGCUUAGCUUUGAGGGAAAAAUCGUCAUCCCUAAGGGCAUGAUCAGAUUGCCUGUGCAAACAGACAUAGAAAUAGUGGAAGUGGAUUUCAUUGUGGUGGAUGCAUACUCACCCUACACGGCUAUCGUGGCACGGCCAUGGCUUCAUACGCUAGGGGCUGUGUCAUCUACCCUGCACCAGAAGGUGAAGUAUCCCUCAGAGGGCCGAAUCAAAGAGAUAGUGGGGGAUCAAGGAGUGGCCAGGCAUUGCAUGGUAUCGGCCAUUGCUCGACAAUUAAGCGACGCGCCUUCCACUUCAACCGGGAAUACCUUAUAG